UGAGCAACAAAUAACAAUGUCGACGAUGGAAGGUUCACUUAGCAAAUGGACAAAUGUUGUAAAUGGAUGGCAAUACCGCUGGUUUGUUUUAGACGAUAAUGCUGGUCUUUUAUCAUAUUAUACAAGUAAGGAAAAAAUGAUGAGAGGAGCCCGUAGAGGAUGUGUACGUUUAAGAGGUGCUAUUAUAGGUAUUGAUGAUGAAGAUGAUAGCACAUUUACAAUUACAACAUCAUCAUAUAAAGAUGAUCCAAAAACAUUUCAUUUUCAAACAAGAAAUGCAGAAGAACGUGAACGUUGGAUUCGUGCAUUAGAAGAUACUAUAUUACGUCAUUCACAUGCUAGAUGGGAUCCUAAAAAAUCACCACCAAAACAAGAUUUUGAUCGCAAAGUAGCUGAAGCAGAUGCUUAUCUUCAAUUGUUAAUUGAUCAAAUAAAAUUAAUUGAAAUAAAACAAAGAUCUGUUGCUGUAGAAGAUGAAGAAAAGCAACAAAAAUAUGUAGCAAUUUUAACUCAAGCGAAUGCAAUGCUUAAUUCUGUUAAACAUACAAUUGUUCAGUUACAAAUUGCAAAGAAUACAGCUAUACCUGUAAAUGGAAUAUAUAGAGGACCCACUGAUUCAAUACAUGUUUCAUCUUCUUUAUCUCAUGUUGCUGUCAGAGAACCAGAAGCAACUGUACAGACUGGCAUUGAAUUAGGUUCUGAAUGUGUAGAACUAAGAUUAUCUACAUUGCCAAAUGCUGUUGUGGAUAGAGAUCUUCCUGUACCUCAAUUCUCUUAUUCAUCUUCGGAUGAAGACGAAGAUUAUUAUGAUGCAGCAGAUGAAAUAUCACCUCCUUCUGCAAUACAAAAUCAUAUCAGUAUUAGAAGACGAGAUAGUGAACGUUCGCAAUCACACGUGGAUGUAUUAAAUGAAAAUCGGAAACAACCUCCAUUACCCCCUACGAAAGGUGAUGGAUCAGUUGAUUAUGAUGCUCUUUAUGAAGAAGAAAGUGAAACAGAAAUGGAUUCUAUGGAAUCCCAUGGAUCUGUUGUAACUCAUCUUUUAUCUCAAGUAAAAAUUGGUAUGGAUUUAACAAAAGUAGCAUUACCUACAUUUAUCUUAGAACGCAGGUCACUUCUUGAAAUGUAUGCAGACUAUUUUACUCAUCCAGAUCAGUUUGUAAGCAUAGCAGAUAUGCCUACUCCUAAAGAUAGGAUGGUUCAAGUAGUUCGUUGGUAUUUAUGCAGUUUCCAUGCAGGUCGUAAGUCAGGAGUGGCUAAAAAACCAUAUAAUCCAAUAUUAGGUGAAAUUUUUAGAUGUUAUUGGGAUAUUUCUAAUGAUACUAUGGAUAGUUCUAAUGAUACAAAACUAGUUGUUGGAGGUCCUGUACCUUGGUGCAAAGAAAAUCAGCUUUCAUUUAUUGCUGAACAAGUAUCUCAUCAUCCUCCUAUAAGUGCAUUUUAUGCUGAGCAUUAUGCAAAAAAGAUUAGUUUUGGAGCACAUGUAUGGACAAAAAGUAAAUUUCUUGGAUUAAGUAUAGGAGUACAUAAUGUUGGAAAGGGUUGGGUAAAUGUUUUACAACAUGGAGAAGAAUAUGUAUUAACUUUUCCAAAUGGUUAUGGUAGAUCUAUUCUUACUGUACCAUGGAUAGAAUUAGGAGGAACUGCGACUAUUCAUUGUACACAAACUGGUUUUCAUGCUACUGUAGAAUUUUUGACAAAACCUUUUUAUGGUGGUAAACGUAAUCGUAUUUCAUGUCAAAUUACACAACCAGGAGAUAAAAAGCCAUUUGUUGUUAUAAAUGGAGAAUGGAGUGGUUCAAUGGAAGCAAAAUGGGCUGAUGGAAGAACUGAAAUAUUUGCAGAUGUUAAAGAACUUCAUACUCAAAAAAAAUUAGUGAAACUAAUUUGUGAACAAGAAGAACAUGAAUCACGGAAAGUUUGGCGAGAUGUAACUGUUGGAUUAAAAAUUAAUGAUAUGGAAAAAGCAACAGCAGCUAAGUGUACAAUUGAACAAAAACAACGUGAUGAAGCACGUAUUAGAAAAGAAAAUAACAUUAAUUGGCAAACUAAGUUAUUCAAAGAAACCAAAGAUGGUUGGGUUUAUAUACAACCUCUUGCAGAUAGAUUAUAUUUUUGUUCCAAUCAAAUUGCUACAGCAUAGGACCUGCAUUAUGAUUUGCUGCGAUUUUAAAUAUUGCACAGUACUAGAAAUUUAAGGCCUAAUAUAUAUAAUAAUACAUAUGAUUAA